AUGCAAAUCAUAAAACCCAAAGAACUUUUUGAAAGUUUCUUUAUUGGAGAAGGCUAUGAUAUUGAAGAAAAUCUUGAUUCUUGGGAUUAUAUUGAAAGACCCAUGACAACCUUCAAUACAACCUACAGAAUCAUCCAAUUCUUACAGAAUCAUGGUUCUUUUGUUCGUUCUAAUAUUGAUGAAAAUAAUGAAACACGUCAAUAUCUAUUUGGUACACUUAUAAGAAAUUUAGAUGAGAUUGGAGAUAUCUCAUUCAUAGGAUCCGUAAUGAAACCAGGCGAAAAAAUAAAAGUUCAUGAUUGCACGUACCUUACUUCUAAAAAUAAUGAAGAUCCACAAUUACCUAAUUAUAACCACAUCAUGUUUAUCGCAGGCGAUAAAGGUUCAACAAAAGAUGCCGAAUACUGUAAGAAUAAUGGCAUUUAUAUAUUACACGUUAAUACAUCCAAUGACAGAAUUGAUUGGCAUGAAAUUCAAAGUUUUACUGAACAAAUUUCUAAAGAGCUCUUCAAAGAAAUAUUGUGA